AUGGUGGCAGCGGCUAUUGGGCAGGUGCUAGAAUCUGGCAUUUUCGCUUGCAAGGAGUCGGGGGAGCGAUUUAUCAAAGUUCCCACUGUCGUCGACUUUGCCAAACCUCUUCGAUCUCAACUAAUGGCGACUAGCAACGAGACUGGCUGCUUUUGUGUGAACUUGAAGUAUGAGUAUCUCCCUAGCUUCUGUUAUCACUGCGGUCGAGUGGGGCACGCCCGACGUGAUUGUACUUUUGCUCCGCCCAAUAGGAAGGAGCGCUUCGGCCCACAUAUGUCGACAAAAAAGCUUGGACGAAAGAUCUAUGAGGAAGAGGACGAAUCCAUGAGAAACAGGGGCCCUCGGCAAACGGUUUGGGUCAAUCGCCUGAUCAAUGGUCCUGCUAAUAAUGAUCGUACAUAUAUUCGUGGCCGUGAGGCAGAGCGGCAGGGGGCUGUGCAAAAAGCUGAGGUCAUUCCUCAGCUGGAUAGGGAAGAAUCAGGUCCUUCAAGUAACCCGACUGGUAUCCAAGACGAGAGAAAAGUCCCGAACAAGAAGGCAAGCCCGAGAGGUUUUGCCAUUAACAAACCAGCACGGAUCCAGAUUGGGGGUAGAAGAUUGAACCGCCAAGGCAAGUUGCAGGAGGGUGAUUUGGUUGUCGAUCGCAAUCUCUCUGAUGAUCAUACUUCUGGUCCACCUGAGCUACAUGGCUGCGCUACCGGCGUUCUCGCCCAGGCUCGGCGUCGUCGUCUCAUCCUCGAGACUGACGAUGAGGAUGAUGCCCUGGAUAUCGAUAAUGCCAAUAGUCCCAUCCAAAAAGAAAGACCACAGGCUGGGCUUAAACAAAACCCAGCGGGGGAAAAGGCGUCUGGCCAGGGUUUAUGCCCAACAAAUGAUUGUAGGCCCAAUCAGGAGGGAGGCCGUCCAGCAGCGGACAGUGGGCCUAGUCAGGAGAUUGGUGCGGCCCCUCCUUUGAAGCGCCCAACUAAUCGUUUGCAAAAAUUGGCCCAUCCUGUGAAGAAGGGGAAUAGGCGGAAAGCCCAGACUAAUGUGGGGGACUCCUCCCACCGUAAAGGCGGCCCGAAGAGGGGGAGCAAAGCUGGGUCGGAGCAGGCUAAGCCUGUGGGAUGUUCAGCCCUGGAUGGGCAGGCCCUGGCCUCGGUCCCUAGUGCUGAAGUAGUGAAGGCCCUUGUUUCGGCGGACUCAGAUUUUGAGGAGGAAGCCCAAUGCUUUGAAAUCAAAAAGAGGCUUCCUGCUCAUCUAAAAGAACCUAAUACUACCACAAGGGGGCAUGUUAGCCAGGUUGUGGUCGCGUUUGAAGCUGGACUUACCAUUAAUUCUGGGGCUCAGGCCAUCCUGCAGGAGCGUAUGAGCAAUGGUAGUCCGAUUCGAAAUGAACAGGUUAUGCUUCAAGAGUUUGACUCUAAGCUGGAUGAAUAUGGGUCGAAUUUAAUGAACCCAGAUAUUGGGACGCGAAAGCGCCCUUUCGAGGCGGUUGAGGGCGUUAUGGGGGAUGCACCGUCGCCAAAGAAACAAUUUGUUGAAGUUGCUGAAAAUCUGGAUCAGGUGGAGGAAGCCAGCCUAAAAUGGCCCCAGUCCGAUAAAUGA